UACUCAUGGUCAUAGGUAAACCGUAGACCAAUUUACCUUUAUAAGAGUUAUUUUUUUAAUAUUUAUGUGGUUUUUUUUAUCCAUAAAUUAUGGGUAACAGUUAUACUAUGUGAUAGUGUAAUUUCGACUAAAUAAACACUUUUAAAACGAAUGAGCUGUUAUGAAAUACAUGAUUUAUGUGACGUGUUAAGGGUUAGAAAAUAAACAAGCCAAUGAUUGUUCGUUUCAAAUUUACUUUAUUUAUUGGUAAUCAUUGUGGAUAUGUUAAGCGAAACAAAUAUUUUGAAACAAAGUACUGCUUAUGCAAUAUAAUUUAUCCAAUUUGACAAGUAACAAAAAAAAUGAGCCCAGGUAUUUUCAUCAACUGAACAAUUUAAUGGUACAAAAAUGGAAAAUAUAGGAGCAUCAAUUAUACAACGUGCAAUAGAAAAAGACAAGCAAGAACAAUAUACUAUGGCAUUAGUUUUGUACCAAGAAGGUUUACAAGUUCUUAUUGAGUCUAUCAAAGAGAUGAAAGAUCCUACGCGCAAAAAGCAUUUUCAAACUAGAACAGCUGAGUAUAUGGACAGAGCCGAGAGAAUAAAAUCAUUGAUAGAGGAAAAAAAAUCAAAGGGAAAGUACAGAGAACAUAUGAAAAUUGAAAAUGGAGCUAUUGGAUAUGGAUAUCAUUCAGUAUUCGGCAGGUUUCUUGAUUGCACAGUCACAGAAAUUAGAGUAGAAGAACCAUACAUUAGAGCUGCUCAUCAGUGUCAAAACUUUGUCCGAUUCUGUGAAUUGACUGUGACAAAAUGUCUGGAAUUAUCUAAAAUAAUUUUAACAACAACUAGUGAUCCAAAUGAUAAGGCUGGUCAGAUAUCUAGACUAGAUGAAUUAAAAACAAGUUUAGCCAAUAAGUUAGUAACUUUAGAAGUUAAAUUUUCAGAUACUCUUCACGAUAGGCAAAUUACUUUAAGUAAUGGAUGGAUCAUUAAAAUUGGUAGAGGAUUAGAUUAUUUUUCGCCACCCAAAGGAAAAUUUGUACUUGGCUACAACGACUUGGAGUUGCGUGCUUGUCGAGAAACAGUUGUUGAUAUAUUUCAUCAGAGUCAGCUACAAGAUAAUAUAAAAUAAGAAAAAGCGACUUUUAAAAUUUAUGCCACGAUUUUCAUCUAUAAUCAAAUACCGUAAUUUCAUGCUAUAUACCGAACGAACUGUUGAGAAAAAUUAACACAGUGCAAGCAUCUCAAUAACAUUAAAAAGAAUAUCUUUUAAUCUUUUAUAAAUCUCCUUACAUACCUAUAAUUUUAUUCCAUACGAUCAAAUGAAUUGUAAAAGUGCUUUUUAUAGAUUGUUUUUUUAUAGAUAGUAAAAUGGUUAUUGUCAAUAUAUUGUACAUAUUGUAUAACAGACAAGCAUAAAUUG